AUGUGCUCCCCCCGUCACUUACCUCGCAUUUCCUUUUCGCUCACCCCGCAUCCCUUCUCGCUUACCUCAUAUUCUUCGUCGUUACCCCCUCGUUUCCCCCCGUCGCUCUCCACUCGUUUCCCUCCGUCGCUCUCCACUCGUUUCCCCCCGUCGCUCUCCACUCGUUUCCCCCCGUCGCUCUCCACUCGUUUCCCCCCGUCGCUCUCCACUCGUUUCCCCCCGUCGCUCUCCACUCGUUUCCCCCCGUCGCUCUCCACUCGUUUCCCCCCGUCGCUCUCCACUCGUUUCCCCCCGUCGCUCUCCACUCGUUUCCCCCCGUCGCUCUCCACUCGUUUCCCCCCGUCGCUCUCCACUCGUUUCCCCCCGUCGCUCACCCCUCAGUUCCCUCCGUCGCUCGGCCCCCAGUACCUCACAUUCCCUGUCUCUUUCCCCCUCGUCCCCCCUUCGCUCACCUCUCCUUUCCCUGCUUUACUCACCUCUCAUUUCCCCCCCUUUCACUCACCCCUUGUUUUCCCCAUUAACUCACCCUCAUUUCUCCGCUAUCGCUCACCCCCCAUCCCCCCCGUCGCUCAACCACCUUCAUUUCCCCCUUUCUGCUCACCAUCCAUUUCCCCCGUUAUUCACCCCUCAUUCCCUCCCGUUCCCCCCGUUGCACACCCCACAUUCCCCCUUUCCCUGGCCCCUCACGCACCCGAUGAUAGAAUUGCGUCCAUUCCUUUCAGCGGCCUUGCGCGCUGA